AUGAUAUUCUUGUGUCAUCAUCUUGACGAGAUUCUGAAAAUUGAAUAUCUGACAGUUAAAGAUCCACUUGUUUUGUGGAAAAACCUAAAAGAAAGAUUUGACCACUUGAAGAUGGUCAUACAUCCAAAGGCACGAUAUGAUUGGAUGCAUCUAAGGCUACAAGACUUUAAGUCUAUACAUGAGUAUAAUUCUGCCAUGUUCAGAAUCACUUCUCAAUUGAAAUUAUGUGGAGAAACGGUUAGUGAGAUUGAUAUGAUGGAAAAGACGUUCUCCACUUUCCAUGCCUCGAAUGUGCUCUUGCAGCAACAAUAUCGAGAGAAAGUGAACGAGGCAUACGCCCACCAUGCUAGGCGUGGAAAAGGUCGCGGUCCUAAUCGUGGUCGUGGUCGUGGACGUGGUCGUGGUUGUGAUUAUGGUCAAGAACGUAAUUCUAUUCCUGGCAUCAAUCAUUCAUCAAAUAAAAAGGAAAAAAGAAAGGAUGAAAAACGUGAAGCAAUUAGGGAAGGUUGUUUUCGAUGUGGUGGAAGAGGUCAUUAUGCACGUGAUUGUUGUACUCCCAAACACUUGGUUGAGCUUUAUCAAGAAUCACUAAAGAAGAAAGAGAAAAAUCCUGAGGCAAAUUUUAUCUCUGGAAAUCAAGUUGACAUCACGCACUUGGAUGUAACAGAUUUCUUUGCACAUUCUGAAGGAAAAAUAGAUCACUUAAUUGGUGAUGGUUCUGUGAACAUGGAAGAGUGA